AGAGAAAAAAAGACUCAAGCAGAAAAAUUGACGACCAUGCGAGAAGUACUGGAGGGAUUACUAUCGGUUACUUCAUCGAUCAUAGGUCAUACAUGCAUUGAUGACCACCUUUUUCAAAUGCAAGAAGACCUUGCAGAACUGGUCGUGGCUUGCGAGGUUCUUCGCAAUCUACAGAUCCUCUUUGCUCUCUAUGAUCGUCUGCGAAUGGAAGUAGCUGCAAUUCCUGGUCCUAUCAUUCUAGGUCUGAGGUUGCUGGAAGCUUUGACGGGACCAGGAGGUAAAAUGCUAUCAACUGCUCAUGAGACGCCAGUCAACAUCGUGGGUCGCCCCCUGCAGCCAACACCAGAAUUAAAGAGCAUUCAGGAGAAUCUAGGCUCGCAGAAGCUGGUUGAUGUUAAAAAGGCAUGCUCCAAUGGGAGUUCUGCAGGAAUUAGAGCUUCUGGAUCACCCGAUGACAAGACCGGAAAGUUUGAGGCGAAGGCAAGUAAUAAAAAUAGUAGACCUAAUUUGGGCGCAGUAGUCCAACUAGAAUUUCAUAUAGAUGGAAAGAAUCAGCAAACCAUGAGUAGUUCAAGGAAGCUCCUGCUUAAAGAAAUCGUGGAGACAGGAUUGGUAGGUCUGCCUUCGCUGUUGACAGAUAUACUUCUCCAGGCCAACCAGCGAGUUACAACAGAUCAGGUUGGAUCUAUUCUCCAAUCCAACUUCGGCGAGGUGGCCAUCAGUGUCUUGCGGGUGAUAAACAACGCUGCCAGGCUUAACCUUUUUCUCGUGCAAAAUGUACUGGCUUUUUCGGAUAUUCGGAUGGAGUUUUUUUUAUCUUAUCAAUUUCCUCCUAUCUCAUUGUACUUGCAAGUGGAAGAGCAGUUCAGAUCAGCAUCUACAUUUGCCAGCAUUUUGGAGCCUAUUUACUCCUAACGGGUUAGCUUGCAUACAGAUUGGUGCAUUGCUGAUGGAAACAUUACUACUCCUUGGUUGUGCGGCACUCCUGCAUCCAGGCAAUCAAGUUGUUCUCCGAUGGGGCAAAAGUCCUACAAUCCUUAAUCAGGUUAUUGUGAAAGUAGCUCUCUUUGAUUCUAUGUUUUUUCACAUGUUGUGGUCACUGUUACUUCGUCAAUACCCACUAUUCAACAUAUCUUCUCUCAUCCUGCACUCUGGGCAGAGACGGAAGUGCAUAGAUGUUACGUUACAAAAAUUUAGUUUAAAUAGGUAGGGCUGCCUGAUAUCACUUCGAAAAUGCUGUUGCGUCCUUGAAGGGUAACAGCUUCUUAUAAUGCCCUGGCUAGUAAGAUGUGCACAGAUCUGCGAUCUCCCGUUUGCGUUUUUCAGUGACCCAAAGCUGACACCAAUUUUGAUUGGGACACUAUUGUCCGUCUGCUUUGGCAAUGAGCGCAACCGCGAUAUUGUGGAGCAACAGUUAAGCUCGGAAAUGCUACUGGCCUUUCUGAAAAACUCAACCCUGGACCCAACCCCAGCCCCUCCCACAUCUAAUACGAAAUCCGAAGGGGAUGGUGAUUCAGUCGAACUGAAGCCAAAAUUUGUUAUGUUUGAUUCGGAAUCGUUUACCAUCACCGCACGUGAUGGGGGUCUUCUCAAGCACCCGUCUGAUACGUUUUUUCCGUCUCUGAAGAAACCAAUCCAAUUGUCAGCAAAAAGCUCAUUAAACUUGAACAUGACUCUGGUCUCUCCGGACGGCGGAUCACUGCCGAAGCACUUCAGAAGUGCAACUUCCACCUUCAGGAGCAUGAGCGAUCGGGUUGCCUCACCAAGCCAGCGACAACAUGUAACAAAGAGGGCAAAGGGUGUAAAUUCAUCCUAUCCAUCCCUAUCCACCAAACCCUCAAAUCUUACCGUGACACAGACUGUCCCUUCUGCAGUAACGUUUCGAACCCCAGAGACGAGGGUGGUGUCGUCUCCAUCCCCUGCAUUGCCGUCGCUGCAGAACAGGUUUCCAGUGGUCCUGUGGCCACAUGCAAAAGAGUUCUUCUCAACAAGCGCAUAGAUGGGAAGGACUUUGAAGAGCCUGUGAAGAGCGGCGGCGAGGAAAUCUCGAGAUGUGGGUCAAGUGCAAGGAUGCAGAUCUCGACUGCAGGUGGUGCUCGUCGUGCAGGUCUGUCUGCGACACCAUCCCCAACAUCCACAUUGUGCUUCACCAGAUAUAGGAACUUCGAUCCAGUACCCUCACGAAGGCUCCGCUGGUUUCUCGGCAAGCUUCGGAUGUGGUGCGAGAUGGCCAUGAGUAGCACGGUGAGCGCCACUCCCACACUUUGCGCGUUAGUGAAGAAACCAUUGCCAGGGAUUCCCUCAUUUUUACGUAGCACAAAAUGCCCAUUACCUUGGCAGGAGACAACUCAAGUGAUCUUUGUAGUCACUGAUAAACGAUUUCUUUCAAAAUAUACAGGAAUGGAUUUCACGUGGGAGACAAAGGAUAGUCAAAUAAUGAACAGAUAAAUAAGGGAUAUAUGCCUGUCCUUAGGUUGGUCGAAAUUUUAUUCUUACUAUUAUUUUGUCAAGUUCUCAGAAGAUGUUUUUGAAAUAAGGGAGCAUUAGGUGGAAGUUGAAGGAGAUGUCUUAAGUGUGGAAGAUGUCUCCAAAGUGUGAAAUUAAGUGAAUAUAGUUCUAGAGAUAGAAUUUGUGUAACAUUGUUGAAUUUGAGAGGAUUUUUUUUCUUUUUUUUUUUUUUUUUUUUUUAGCAUCAAGGAGAUUAACCUCUUGAGCUAUAGGUUUCCAUCAGGCAUGAAGGAGAUGUUUACUAUAAGGGAUCAAAUCCGUAACCAUUGCAUUUGCUUUGGGUACCUAAUGUUGUCAUCUGGUAGUUUGGGGUCAGCUCAAAUCUCGUUAGAGAGGCUUUUCAAGCUAAUACAUGGUUCUUAGUUAUAACCUAGA